GCGGCCUCCGGUGACAUUUUCUGUCGGUGGCGCGCAGGGCGGGGAGCGAGGCAGGCGGCGGCGGCGACUUGGCCUCGGCCCCCCAUGUCCGAGCUGCUCCCCCGCGAGGGGGAGGCGAGGAGGAGCCGCGGUGCCGGCGGCUGCUGCACUGGUUGCUUUGCUGUUGAAAACCUAAUCUAGUUCUCCCAGUCCUCUAGACUCCAUGCUGUGAGACAAGGAGGAGCUUGGAACUCUGAAAUGAAGAUGGAGGCGGUGGGAAAAGUAGAAGAACUCAUUGACUCAGAAGUCUCAGCAAAACUCUCUGAAAAACAAGAGGCAGCUCCUGGUGAAGAUGGACCUGUAGAACUAGACACGUGUGCUCAGAAAGAUGGUGUGCCCAUUGUAGCAGAUUCUGUGGUGCUCUCCUCAAUGCCGUGCUUACUGAUGGAACUGAGACGGGACUCCUCGGAGUCUCAGUUGGCCUCUACAGAGAGUGAUAAGCCAACAGGAGGCCAAAUUUAUGAGAGUGACUCUUCUAAUCACUGCAUGCUUUCCCCUUCUUCCAGUGGGCAUUUGGCUGAUUCAGAUACGCUGUCUUCCGCAGAAGAGAAUGAGUCCUGUCAGGUUGAAGCGCCUGUAGAGGGAGACCCUUCUGGAGUUUCUGGGGCUGCAGUUGGGAGAAAAUCCAGACGAUCCAGGUCUGAAAGUGAAACAUCAACUAUGGCUGCCAAGAAAAAUCGACAGUCUAGUGAUAAGCAGAAUGGACGAGUCACCAAGGUAAAAGGUCAUCGGAGCCAAAAGCACAAAGAAAGAAUCCGGUUAUUAAGACAGAAGCGGGAGGCAGCUGCUCGCAAGAAAUACAACCUGCUGCAGGACAGCAGUACCAGUGAUAGUGACCUGACCUGUGACUCAAGCACGAGUUCAUCAGAAGAUGAUGAAGAGGUUUCAGGGAGCAGCAAGACAAUCACUGCAGAGAUACCAGCUGGCUACAGUCGUGCUGGGGGAUCUGGAGGAGCGACCAGGGAAAUUCCAGGAUUGCUUGACAGGGGCACCGUGUGGGAUAGGAACUGCAUAGGCAAUGUCCUGGAAGAGGCCAUGAACUGCUUUGCCGAGAUGCAGAGGCAGACAGAGGAGAAAUUUCGCAUGUGGAUAGAAAAGCUAACCCGUCUUGACACAGAUGAAGAAAGCAAGCAACAACUGGAGCCCAGGGAACCUAAAAUGCAACUAGUUGGCCAAAGAAUUCCCCCUACCACACAGUCAGGGGCAUAUAUGCAGAUGCCUGAUAGCCAAGUACUUCCACAGCAGUCCUUUAAUUCUUACGUGAGCUAUCAAAAUGUUGACACUACAUUAGAGUUUCCAGCGACUUUUAAUAACAAUUUUCCAGCUGUGUUUCCAGAGAAUGGGAAUAUUGCAGAGCAUGAUUUGAAUCAAUCAAAAACUUAGUUUUUAAAAUCUUGACAUUACCUUGGAUUGUGCUAAGAACAAAAUUUGCUUUUCUCCAUGCAAGUAUUUUUUUUUUUCCGUGAUGGGUUUUUAACAUUAUACUGUAAAUGUUUGUUUUAUUUAAAGAAAACUUAUGUGGUUUUUAAAAAACAAAGAAAAAUGCACACAUACACAAACACACAUGCGAAACUCAAAACAAAAACCUCCUGUCACCAGCGUUUGGCAAGAUGUAAAUUAGAAUCCUUGUAACAUACCCUUGGAAUGGUAGAGCUAUAUUUGUUAUAGUAGAAGCAAUCAGUGUAUUCAUCCAUAUGUUCCUCUUGCAUGCCAAAAAGUUUAUAUAGGGAAAUACAAGUUUAAAUUUAAAGACAUAAGGAAUCUUAGUGAACCUGACUACAUAACAAUUAAUACAUACUUAAAUAUCCGUUUAUACCUAAAUUCUGCAGCUUAAACUUGUCUACAUAUUGACCUUCCUUCCUCCUCUUUUGGCAGAAGUCGUAAAUAAGUCUACCCUAAAGCUUAGCUAUACAUACUGAAUGUGCUCAAUAAUAUUCAUGUCCCAUUUGGUAGUUAAUUUACUCACAAGAGCUUCUAUUAAUGAUGUUGCCAUGUUGCAUAUGACAUUUAUAUUUAGGGGAAGCACCAGUUUUGUAUGUAUGCUUGCAUAUAUAUAAUUAUGUAUACACAGACACUUUUGUGUGUGUGCGAUAUAUGCACACAAAUUUCUUGUGUGUGUAUAUGCAUAUGGUCAAACUAUGUCUUUCAUACUGAAAUAAAAAGAGCAGUGUCAGUCCUGAGAUAAGCAAAGUUUGUAGGUAGAUUUGAGUCUUGGGCAAAGAACUUAAAACCGACUGUCUGACAUUCAGAUUGGUAAACACUGUGGUGGACUUAAUGCACUGUUUGCUUCUGGGUCUUAAAGCAAGAGCAUUUUCUGAGCCACCUCUCUGACUGCCGUUGAAAUGAUUACCUGUGAUUGGGAAUGCCAUAGCAUUAGUUUUGUUUAAAUAAUAUAACUCUCUACUGUGUGGGUUUUGUUUUAAUUGUUAUACUGAUAAUUAGUUAUUCUGAGUAAUCAGGCUUGAAAUUUUGAUGUUUAAAUUAGGAUUAAGCUAUAUAUUAUAGAAAUAACCUCACCAUUGCCAGAAUACAUGUUUUUGUGUUGCCUUUACAGUUGGGCCUUCAUAAGAGAAUAAUUUCCCCUUUGUGACCAAAAGUAUACAUUUAUAUAGUUUAUUAUCCCUUAGUAUUGGUGAGAUGUUUCUAAUGCAAAUAAAGUUAAACCUUUUAAUUAUAGGAAUUAAGUUUCUACCUAGAUGUCUUUUAAGUAAAAAGAAUGGAACAGGUCUUUUGGGGCUCUUAGCAUUUCAGUUUUUAAACCAUGGUGGCUUUAUGAAUUUUUAUUUAGAUCAUUUCAGUAAAACUUUUUCUUCGAGUUAAAAAUACCAUUGUGUAUUCUAUAGGCUUGAUACAAAGCCCGAUGAAGUCAGUGGGAAUCAAUCAAUUUAUGUAGUCUUUUGAUCAAGCCCUACAUUAAUAACUUUUUAAAACUUUUUUUAAAAAUAAAAGUAACCAUGGAGUUUUUAGUAUUUUUCCUAUCCCAGCCAAUUUAACAAACUUGUCCUCAUCUGUUUAAAAGUGAAGCUCUUUCAGGGAAAAUUGAUUGCUGAUUUAAAAAAAAACUUUAGUAUUCAUAGAUUUUAUAUAUAUAAUAUAAACAUUUUUAGAAUUAUAGUAUGAGCAGCAUAUUUAAAGCAUGACAACUCUACAAUUUUCCCCAUGCAUAAAGAAGCUGCUUCCAGCAGUGAGUGGUUUCUUUUAUGUAUAACAGUGUCACUUAUUCAGUAUGUUAAGCAUGCUCUGAAACAUUACUUUUUUAAAAAAAAAUGGAGCGAUUAGGCAUUUGAAAACAUGCCUUAAGAGUUGAGCAGAAUUUGUUCAUCUCUGUUAUACAGACUUUUAUAUACUGAUUAGAACUCUGUCGUAACUGGAUAAUAACUUUGCAAUGGUUGUAGUCAAUUAAAUUUCUCUCUAACGUCUGUGCCUUGUGUAAGUCAUAGGAACCUUGAAAGAAAAAUCUUCGCAUUCAAGCUGGAUGGGAUUUUUUUUAUUGAAACUCGCCUUUGAAAUUUAAGUGUUAAUAAACAGCAUUCCUAGCUUUGGUUACUACCUGCAACAACAAAAAUAUGCUUUCUGCUUCAAAAAACCUUUUCAACACCAACAUGUUACUUGAUUUUUACCUUGUAAAUUACUGUGAAUGUUAACAAAUCAGAAAAUAAUAGUGGUGGAACAUACAUAUUUUGAUGCAUAUGGGAUGAUGCUUUUUAAGAUGGUGCCCUUUUUAGGGUAGCUUAGUUCAAAGGCAGCCAGUUGAUUGUUAGGAAAAUGUUUCAGAUUAAAGAUGUAGAAUUUAACAGUAUUUCCACAUGUGAACUACACAAUAUUUAAAAUAUCUGGAAUGUGUAAAUGGUUUUAGUUUGGUCAGUUGCUCUAUCUGCCUCCAAAACAUAUUGAGUCAGAUCUUCAACUGGCAUAAGUCAGUAUCGCUUCCUUGAACUCAAAUCCAAUGUCAUUUUAUACAAGCUGAGGAUCUGGCCUAUUAACUUGUGUUCUGGUUUCAAGAAUUAUAUUCCUUCUGUGGGGGUUGCGGGGGAUCUCCCCUUGCAUUGUUUUGGUAUAAAUGAUAGUUGAGUCAAAGAACGGUCUGUUUUUAUGCUCCUUGAAAAUAUGCAAUCAUUUUGGUUGUACAGUUAAACAAAAGUAUCUAUUUUGCUGCUUUGGAUUAUGAAUUAAAAAGAUGUGAUGUGCUACAGGAAAACUGACCUUUUCACAUUGACAUUAGUGUUGAGUUUGUAUUUAAAUUGUUUAUGCCAGCACUUGACAUGUUUUUUUAACUCAAUGGAGUUCUGGACUUUGGUUGCAUUAUACAGUUUGAAAAUAUUUCUGAAAAACUGGAAGUAUCUUUAUUUCAUGGUGGUAUAUGCAUACAGCUGCAGUUAAGGCUGUCAUGGUUUCUGCUGUAAACUCCUAUUUUCAAAGAUUUUGACUUGAAAUUAAUAUUUUCAGGGAGUUAAAAUGUGCUCUGAGCUGAAAUUUUAGUAUAUAAGGUCUGGCCCCCACCUUGACGUCCUGCUAAUAAAAUAGUCUGGCCUUUUUUAUUUUAAGAGUAUGAGCUUUGCCUUUAAAAAUGAAAUUUAAUUAACUGUUGUGUUUAAAUAUACUUUUGUGGGAGAGUCCAAUGGGAAUUCUGCAUAUGUUGGGGGAACAGCAUAUUGGAGUGUAGCUUGCCUUUGAUUGCCCUAUGGUUUUUGUUUCUUUACUCCAUUCUGAAGCAUUCUGGUUUCUUAAGAAAAUAUUACUCAGUCUUACAGAAUCCUGUGAAAGAAUAAAUAAGUUAGGACAGAUUGGUAUAAACUGGCAUAGCUCCACUGAAGGCGGUGCCUAUUCAAAACCAGAUGAGGAACUGGCCAUUUAAAUUUUAUAUGCUCGUUUAUGCAAAAUCUUGAAUGAAAAAGACACCUAAAAUACUGCUGACACUUAUGCAUGUGAAUAAUGAAAGUACACAUACAGCUGGAAAUUCAGGAACUAGGAAUUGGUGCUUCUGUGCACUUGAAAUACGUUUACUUCAUUUAUGAUUUUUGUAACAAACUGCAAAUGAAACUUAAAUCUUUGUACACUCACUUAAUUUAAAUGCCACUGAGGAUGUGUGUCAAGCUGAUGAAUCAGGAAAUUCAGAAUUCAGAUACUGGAAUUGGUUUAUGUGUAGACUCCUUUGAAAUCUCAGAGGAUUUGGAGUUUAGUUGAUUGCAGGCUCAAGUUUUCCUGUAGUUCCUUAUGGAGGCUUGGAGCCACUUCUCUCCCCUGCAAAUGGGAUAAGUGAAGAAGGAUGUGUUGGCUGUAAUUAUGCAUUUCCUGUCUUUUACUAGUUGGUUACACAAGUCUUUUAUUUAAAUAAAGAGUUUGUUUUACUUAGCAUACAAAUGAUAGUUUGACACUGGUUUAAUGUUUUAUAAAUUAUAUAUUGUUUACCUUAGAGUCCUAUUUUAAAAAGUUUAUAACUUUAAAAUAUUUUAGAUUUUUUUUUUAAAAUAGUACACAGCAAAACAAAAUGUAAUAAACUGUAACAUAACACAUUACCCUGAAGUCCAGAGUUAUAGAACAUAGCAGUUGUCUCUAGGACUGAAGGAAAAGUAUUUUUAAAGCAAGGUAGCCUAAUAUUCUUCAAUCUCUAUAAUUUAGCUCUAAACAUUUUACUCGGGGCUGAAAUUUGUCAUACAUCGACUUCACCUGAGGGCAAUUUUUUUAAACGUCUGGUUAAAAAGUUAAUUUUAAUACACUGAUAAGAUAAAAUCUAAUAGCAUAAAGUUAUCUCUCCAAAGUAUCAUUUGAUUUCAGAAGUCACAUUUGACAAAGGGUUAAUUUGGCUAAGACACUAAAAUCUGACAUGUGGCCAUGGUUGCUGUAAAUGCACAAAAACUAAAUUUAAAUACAAAACCAAUUAAAUGGCUAUGCAUUUUUAACAUGCAUCCUUUGGCCUCAAUCCUGCAGAUCUGAUAUGUGUGAACAGACUCUUACCUCCAUAUAGAGUCCCAGUUAAAUCAAUAGGUCUCUCAACGGGUGAAGGGUCUACCCUCUUUGUUCUGUUUAUACACAGCAAGAGCUCCAAAGGAGGCAUCUUGAUAUACUGGUGAUAGGCACAUUUAAAAAAUAGUUGACAUGCCCAAUGAUACUGCUGGGAGAGCUCUUAUGAUUUCAUGUGAUGCAUUGAAUUCUGAUACUUUUGCGUUGCUCUAAUUGAAGUUAGUAGAAGUCCAUACAUACAUCCAAGGCCUGAAUCUGCCUCUUUGUUCAUAAAGUACCAGUAAACUUUCUUAAACAUACGUUUACAUGAGCUGAAUGCCUUUGGAAGAGUUCUAGUAUUUUAAUUAAUAGAUAUUUUAUUAGAGACAUCAUCAGCUUGAAAACUAGUCAUUUUAAAAGAGACAGUUUUCCCUGUUUGUGUAGUCACAAAGCAACAUGUGAAUUUUUUUGUUAAAAUAAAUAGGAAACUGUGAUAGUAAACCUACAAAACUCUCAGAAGGACUCUGGCCCGGUGCAAUACCAGAAACUGACUGGCUAUUGGGACUCUGCAGGUGAAAGCAUGAAACUGUGAAUCUGACAGCACUUUUUGUGUAGUCAAAGUAAAGAAAUCGAUGUCUGGUCUACACUAGAAAAUUAGUAGAGGGGUAGCCAUGUUGGUCUGGAUCUGUAAAAAGCAAGGGAGUCCUGAGGCACCUUUUAGAGUAACUAACAAAUGUAUUGGAGCAUAUGCUUAUGUGAAUGAAUACGAAGUGGGUAUUCACCUACGUACGUUUAUUCUCCAAUACAUUUGUUAGCCUAUAAGGUGCCACAGGACUCUUUGUUGCAUUUUACUAGAAAAUUAGGUUGAUCUAGAUGCAUCGCUCAGGGAUGUGAAAAAUUCAUAUGCCUGAGAGUUAAGCCAACCUGAGUCUCUUUGUGGAUUGUGCCUGGUUGAUGGAAGAAUUCUUCCAUCAGCCUAGCUACCACCUCUUGUGGAGGUGGAUUACUUAGUGACAGGAGAACCUCUCCCUUCGAUGUAGGUAUUGUCUACACUGAAGCGCUAUGCUGUAGCAUUUCAAGUGUAGACAAGCCCUGAGAAAAUAGAGGAAAAAUAACAUUUUGCCCAGUACCUUUCACUUAUACUGAUCCUCAGUGUGACUUGUAACAAUGGUAGGUAAAAAAUGAUUGUCAGAAAUACUAUUUUUUGUCUAAUAUUUAAUGCCUAGGAAAGGAAUAUUUUGGUUAUUUUUCAGAGCUGCUAAAGCUAAGGAUGGAUUAUCAAUCUGAACCGAAAAUUUUCUGGGAUUAUUUGUGGCAGUUGUUACAACCUUAAAUUUAUUUAAAUGAUUUUAUUGUUGAAGCUAUAUAUUGUCUUUUCCUGUAUCACAUACUGUCUCUCUCUACUGGCCAUUUUAACACAGAGUGAAAUCCUGGUUUCAUGGAAGUCAGUGGGGGAAAAAGAUGGAUUUCCAUGGAAUCAAUAUUUAAACCUAUUUUUAAUUACGGUGGAGCUAAUUCUGCAGUUCUUACUCAAAGAAAACUCCCAUUGACCUUAAUGGGGCAUUUGCAUGAAUAAGGUCUGCAGGUCAGGCUCCUAACUAUAUGCUUGAUUAGAUUUAGCAUAACGGAGGCCUGCAACAUGACACUACAUUCACAAGAAAUCAUUAGAAUGAGAGUGCUGUGUGAUAUGUACUGUAUAAGCUAAAUAUUCAGGCUGAUUGAUAAAGGUGGACAGUACCUAGCAAAAAGUGAAGUCACAAACCCACUUCUGUGUGUUUUUUACAAAUUCUAUUAAUCCCAUGUAGUAGUAGCUUGGGAAAAUGAGGGCACAUGGAAAAUAGUUUCCUUGGGUGAAAGGGACACAAAAGGUCAGAUGGAAGUUUAGACUGGCCAGCUAGAGUGCCUGGACAUUGUUUUUGUAAUGUUUAGCUCACAAUGCAAUAACAAUAGAAACAGAACAUACCAUCAGAAGAUAAACAUGCACUGUAAAACGAUAUGCACCAUUUCCUAGAAUCUUUAGGACAUAGCCAUGUUCCGUGUGCCUUUAUUCAGAGUACAACUAAGUGACUUUAUCGCUUGUGUAUUAUCCAAAAAAACAAAGAUAUUUUCCAUCUACCCAUCAAAUAGCCUGAAAGUAUGAAUGUUUCUCUACAAAGCUUGAACAUCUGGGCAUAGUAUCUUAAAAUGAGCUUGCAUCCAAUCUCAUAACAGAUACUCUACUUUUCUUCUGAUUUUGUUGCCGUGGUGUAAAUUAAAUUAAGUAUCUUAUUAAAUGAAGGAAAAAUAUGAAAAACACUAAUUUCAAUAGUAAUUUUUGUUCACUUUAUGAUUUUAGGGAGAAUGUAGUUUCACUAUUGUUUUUAUUGUAUUCACAGUGUGUAUCUUUUGCCUAACCCUGUAAAUUUUGAAAUGUAACUACUGUAACCUAGAAUGAAUAAAUAUA